AUGCUAGAGCCACAGAUCUGUGGAUCAUCUAACAAUGUCAACAGACGUCAAAAUUCAGAGAUAACUUCAUUAAAGUGUUCAAGAAAUGUGAAAUUCAUUCAUAAUGUACCACCAGAAAUCUCAGGUAAAUAUACAAAAUUUGCUUAUUGUAGGAAGUGCAUGAACGUGACUAAACCUUCCACAGCUGGUCCCGAGGACAGCUGUGGUGCAGCUGGUCCCGAGGACAGCUGCGGUGCAGCUGGUCCCGAGGACAGCUGUGGUGCAGCUGGUCCCGAGGACAGCUGUGGUGCAGCGGGUACCGAGGACAGCUGUGGUGCAUCGGGUACCGAGGACAGCUGUGGUGCAGCUGGUACCGAGGACAGCUGUGGUGCAGCUGGUCCAGAGGACAGCUGCGGUGCAGCUGGUCCCGAGGACAGCUGUGGUGCAGCUGGUCCAGAGGACAGCUGUGGUGCAGCUGGUCCCGAGGACAGCUGUGGUGCAGCAGGUACCGAGGACAGCUGUGGUGCAGCGGGUACCGAGGACAGCUGUGGUGCAGCUGGUCCCGAGGACAGCUGUGGUGCAGCUGGUACCGAGGACAGCUGUGGUGCAGCUGGUCCCGAGGACAGCUGUGGUGCAGCUGGUACCGAGGACAGCUGUGGUGCAGCUGGUCCCGAGGACAGCUGUGGUGCAGCUGGUACCGAGGACAGCUGUGGUGCAGCUGGUCCCGAGGACAGCUGUGGUGCAGCUGGUUCACUACAGCUGUAA